CUCAAAACUCGGCUACCACCAUCCCUCUAUAAGACCUACUACUAACGUAGCAGGAAUCUGAAGCUUCUGAUAUUUACGACACUUGCUAGUGGCUACAACUAAAGAAAUGCAAAGUGUUGAACUCGAUCUUUCCGUCAAAAUGCCAGAUAUACCAAUCGAAAUUAUCGAAGAAAUUCUGGAUCAUCUUCGCAGCGACAAGCAAAUGCUGAAAGUCUGCUCCCUCGUCUUGCGCAGUUUCUACCCUCGUACCCGUCACUAUCUUUUCCAGUUCAUAAGAAUCUCUGACAUCCUCGGAGACUCCAUGCACCGCCUCAGAGUCCUAGCUCGCACUUCUCCACAUAUCUUUAUACAUUUCAACUCAGCUGAAAUUCACUCUUCGUAUGAUCCCAGCACACUUCGUCAAGUCCAACUUCCCCUUUUCUUAAUGGCCAAUCUUACAUCUCUCAGUAUAAAGAAUACCUCCACGUCCCUUAAGUGCUUCCGCACGAUUAUCUUCGGCCUCCCUCUCCUCAAAUCUCUCAUCCUCGAGUCAAGCAUUUUUGAUGUCGAAGAUACUUCGGAUCUUCCAUCCAGUUCAAUCAUUGUAAAUAAACCGUGCCUUGAAAAACUUCACAUACAUCACCUUCACUCGGGGUUGUCUGAUUUCCUUCCAUUUGUCUUUCGCUACCGAGACGUGUUCCUCGAGUCUCUUCAAGAAUUUUAUAUCAACAUGUACAAUCUCCGAGGGAAAGACCUUUCCCUAUGCUGCGACAUCAUCCGUGCCGCUAGUCAAUUCCGCACGCUAAAGUCACUGCACGUGCUCGGAACCUCCAAUUGUCUCUUAACACAGUGGUUCGAUGUCAAACCGCUCUUCCUGCCCCUUCGCCUGAAAUCCCUCUCCUUUGAUAUUAAUUAUCGCGCUCUUGAGGGAGGGACAGAUAUCUCUGCAAUGCAGUGGUUCCUUAAUGCCUUCCCCGACAGCCCUCAGCUCAGAUACCUAGAAAACCUCCGUAUCGACAUGUCCGUGAAAACCUUCGACGACUUUGCUGACGAAGACGAGAUCUGGGUUCUGUUCGCACAUUUGGGUUCGAUGCUUUCCCUUAUCGAGACAUUUUGGUGCCUCCAAUUGACUUACAUCUGCGACUACCAAGUUACUGAAGAGAUAAAGUGUGCGAUGCUGUCUCUGACGUUGGAAAACUUGCCGUCUUUGCGCGAGAAUGACGUUAUGAAAAUAUCUUUGCACGGCACUUCGGUUGCCUGAAGAUAUUCGUGGCUAAAUUGAACGUAAUGGUAAGUAUAUGGAGCAGCGCAGGUACGCCCACGGAACAUGUCGUCAUAGGGAACAGUGCUGACGUCGCUAUUCAGACUGGGAUCGAUAUGGUAUUUCUUCACGUUGCCGAGUGGUCAUGGUUCUUUAUGGUGCACCCAGCCACCGUAUCUGUCCGUUGCGUCGAUCUAGUCGCUGAAGUUCAUGGUUACAUCAACUCCGAAUGACCACAUCUACGUUAAAUAUCAGCACUUUGGGAUCAUUCAUUAGUAACAGC